CUCGCUCAAUCUUCAUUCUUCACUUCCGUAGUCAGUAGCCAUUCCUCACUCCUCAGAGCAUUAAAUGAGAGGGAAGAAACUAUGAUUACCAACCAGCGCAAAGGCAAACAGAAAACCCGCAGGCCGCAGAAUAAUAGGCCGUAGUCAAGAUAAAAGGGAAAGGGAGAAAAUAAAUAAUAAAAUAAUAAAGAAGGAGGUUUCCGGUUUCGAAAGAAAGGAUGUAAAAGCUUUCACCUCUACCCUCUCUUCUCACUCGCUACUCAUUCUGCUCAGUGCUGACUUUUACUAUUGGGUAUAACACAAUAUGUUCGAACGAUUGUGUAAAAAGGGUUUCCUUUUCUGGGUUUUCUUUUCCUUUUUUAUUUCUUUUUAUUUCCUUUCUCUCCCUCCCUCAUCAUCCCCGUGAUUCUAACCAAAAUCUGUCCCAUAAAAUUAUUUUUCUCAAAAUGAAAAAAAGAAAAAUAGUAUAAGAAGGGGAAAUAAUAAGACUGAGAGAGAGAGAGAAAGGAGGAAGAAAAAAAACCUUGUUCCUUUUCGGUUUAUCUCUCCUUAAGUCUCAUGACUUAUCCUCUUAACUCUUGCAUUGUGUCUACUCGCAACAACAACAACAUCAAGGAACAAGGAUGCGAUUCCCACAGUCGUCACUCCGAAAUGGUGAGACUCCACCUCGAACGUCAAAUCUCCCUUUCCAUUCAACUGUGUCCGUGCAAAAGCUCCGACGCUUCAACAUACUCAUACUUGUAUUCCGACUUGCCUCCUUUAGCUUCUCUCUUGCCUCUGCAGUUUUUAUGAUCACCAAUUCUCACGGCUCUGAUUCCCCCAAUUGGCACGAUUUCGACGCUUUUAGAUUUGUUUUGGCUGCAAACGCAAUCGUGGCCUUCUAUUCCUUGGCGGAAAUGGGAGCUUCGAUUUGGGAGAUUUUGAAAGGAACAACUUUGUUGCCGGAGAUCGUGCAGGUCUGGUUUGAUUUCGGUCACGAUCAGGUUUUUGCUUACCUGCUGCUGUCGGCGGACGCUGCGGGAACGGCAUUGUCCCGAACCUUAAGGGGAGGAGGGGGAGGAGGAGACACGUGUACGGCUGUAAACUCGUUUUGUGUUCAAUCAGACAUCUCAGUCGCUUUGGGAUUCGCGGGCUUCCUAUUUUUAGGGUUUUCUUCGCUGCUUUCGGGGUUUCGUCUCGUUUGUUUUAUUAUCAGCGGCUCCCGUUUUCUUCUGUAUCUGUAGCUGUAGCCAGACACAAAACAGAAGGACUUAUCUCUAUCUGAUCAAGAUGACUGAAGGAGCGCAUGUGUGUGUGCCUGCGUGUGUCGCUACACUUUUUUUUGACUUUAAUGUAUGUGAAUGUGAUGAACCCGAGAGUUGCAUAUGCAAUUCAUUCUGCCAAUGCUAUAUUGUCCCAUGGGACCAUGGUAAACCCCUUUAUGAAUUCACCGUUGGAUCUUGGUUCUUGAUUCUGGAUCCUAGGGUGUAGAGCUGGGGGGGUUGAUUAUGGUCCCAAAACAUUGUUGCUUUUUCUCUUUUUUGUAGGUGAUUAUCACCCCUUCCUCUCUAGUUUUGAUUAUUAAAAUUUUUAGUUGUUACUAUUAUUUCUUAUACAGGAAUACCUGCCGUGUCUAUGUUGCCUA